AACGUACCAGCACGUGACCACAACACGCCCGUUCCGCUCAGUCUAGAAAUGUCUUGUUUUAAAGCUAAUAAAUUAGCUGUUGUAUUCCUUUUUGGAUGUAUUUUGUUGGACGAGCAUGUUUUUAGUAAACCAUACGAUGAUACAAUUAACAAUUUUAGGAACAUUCAAGAAGUUAUUCGUCAAAAUCAAGAUAGGAUCCCUGAAGGCCUAGGCCUAGAUGAUUUGAUGACUGCCCAUGGGCAAAACGGCGGUGUCGGAACGCUAGAUCCAACACGCGGGGCCCCAUGGCCUUUACCCCGCGAGUUGAAAACAACAAAUGAUGUUUUAAUCUUAGUCAAACCAGAGUCAUUUAAAUUCACGUUUGACAGUAAAAAUUGUGAUUUGCUCCAAACAGCAUUCACACGUUACUACAAUGUAAUCUUUUAUGGAACUCAAGAAACACCUCAAGUCAUCAAAAAACAGGCAUACCCAUGGAGAUCACCUACAGCCAAUGAAACCAGCUUAUCAAGCCUGAUUGUCACCAUGGAAACAUGUCCAGAGUACCCAACGCUGUCCUCAAAUGAAAACUAUACAAUAUCUAUUGCUGUUGGUAAUGCUAGACUCAAGGCAGAAUCUAUAUGGGGUGUUCUUAGAGGUUUAGAGACAUUCAGUCAAAUUAUCUAUGAAUCAUCAGAUGGAGGGUUGGCUGUGAAUGUAACAACGAUUACAGAUUACCCACGAUUUGCUCACCGUGGCCUUUUGUUGGAUACAUCAAGACAUUUCAUUGAACUUCCCACACUACUUGCAAAUUUGGAUGCCAUGGCAUAUAAUAAAUUCAAUGUUUUCCAUUGGCAUAUUGUGGAUGAUCAAUCAUUCCCAUACCAAAGUUCAAAAUUUCCUGAACUUAGUAAUGAGGGUGCAUACGACCAACGGCAUAUUUAUACACAAGAUGAUGUCUCCCUUGUGAUUGCGUAUGCAAGAGAACGUGGAAUUCGUGUAGUCCCAGAGUACGACACCCCUGGACACUCCCAAUCCUGGGGCUCCAUCAAGGACCUUUUAACGCCAUGCUACAAAGAUGGAAAGCCAACCGGGACAUUUGGACCUAUUAACCCGACCCUAAACUCUACUUAUGUUUUCUUAAAGGAUUUUUUUGCUGAAGUUGUCGCUAAAUAUGCUGAUCAUUAUAUCCACAUGGGGGGAGAUGAAGUCAGCUUUGAUUGUUGGAAGAGUAACUCUGCCAUCACAGCCUUCAUGAAAGAGAAGGGGUUUAAUGAUGACUAUGCUAAACUAGAGGAGUACUACUUGCAGAAUUUACUAGAGAUAAUGAGUGAACUCAAAGCAGGCUAUAUGGUUUGGCAAGAGGUCAUUGACAAUGGGGUCAAAAUUGGGGAUGAUAUUAUUGUUCAUGUUUGGAAGACAAAAUAUCAAAAUGAGAUUGCUAAAAUCACUGCCAAAGGUUAUCGAACUCUGGUUUCAUCUCCUUGGUAUCUAAACCGCCUUCUCAACAUGUUCAGUCAGGACUGGAAAACGUUUUACAAAGUUGACCCUCAAAAUUUUAAUGGAACUGCCGCUCAGAAGUCGCUGGUGAUUGGUGGAGAGGCUUGCAUGUGGGCUGAAUAUGUUGAUACAACUAAUAUCAUUCAACGAUUUUGGCCAAGAGCCAGUGCCGUUGGUGAGAGGUUAUGGAGCUCCAAAGAUCUAACAGAUGCUAAUGCAGCCACGGGUAGGCUAGCUGAGCACAGAUGCCGGAUGGUCAGGCGAGGAAUCCAAGCUGAGCCAGUGACAGGACCUGGGUUUUGUUCCUACGAAUGGCAUUCCAGAAGUCAUCAGUACCUGCCUUGAAUUACAUUAAGCUAUGAAUUAUAUUGUCCUUUGUGUAACCACAGAUAAUAUUUUGUUUUGAGUCAUUUACAUCAGUUCCUUAACAUGGAUUGGAUUAUUCUAGUAUUUUUUUAACUGUUGCAGCUAACUUUGAUGUAUUUAAUAAUCUUAGAUACCAUAAUGAUAUGUUUUUCAGUGAUUCAGAACACUAAUAUGAUUAAGUUAACAAACUUAUGCACAACAUUCCAGAAGUCUUCAGUACCUGCCUUGAAUUACAUUAAGCUAUGAAUUAUAUUGUCCUUUGUGUUACCACAGAUAAUAUUUUGUUUUGUCAUUUACACAAGUUCCUUAACAUGGAUUGGAUUAUUGUAGUAUUUUUUUUACUGUUGCAGCUAACUUUUUUGUAUUGAAUAACCAUAGAUACCAUAAUGAUUUGUAUGUAUUUCAGUGAUUCAGAACGCUAUUAUGAUUAAGUUAACAAAUUUAUGGACAACAUUGAUUUAUAGUGUUCAGGUAUAAUUUAGUAUCAUUUAAAAUAAAUUAAAUAAAUCUAUUUUAUACAAAAGUUUAAAAACUAAUAUUUUGUAUGUUCACAAGUUGCUCUGCAUUGUGAAUAAAAAGAUUUGAUCUAAAAAACACGAAAAAUA